CGCAAUUCGGUUGGCGAUGAUGGAGGAGCUUCCGGCUUCGCUGUUGGUGGAAAUUGUGAGUCGUUUAACGGACACUACCGAUGUGGCGCGGUGCAGGGCGGUGUCCAAGGGUCUAAACGCGGCGUCAUACGAGGUGCGGUGGCUGAACGUGGUCUGUUCCAUGUCGCGCUACCUCAAGUCCCGUGCGCCGGAGACCAAGCACCUCGUCACUCCCUUCAAGACCGUUUUCUCUCACCUCGUAUUCCGCUCCACCUCCACUCUUGACUCCGUCUCGCUGGGCGUCGAUCGCGCCCUCGGUGGCGUCUCCUUCGACGACGUCGAGGAUGAGUCCGACGAUCUCUACCUUACCGACAUGAACUUCAUCAGAGAGUGGCUUCCAUCCAUUUCCCACGCUCUGAAAUCUUUCUCCGUCUCCGAUUUCUGGGUCCAGUCUUGUUGGCGCCGAUCCGAAGCCUUGUCCCUCAUCUCUUCCACCUGCCAUAAUCUUGGGAAAUUGGUUGUGAGGAAUGCGUGGUUAUCCGUGGAUGGUUUGUGUUUGAUGCCAACGUUGAGACAUUUGACCCUUGAGUUUGUGAGACUGGAUGAUGAGGACUUAAGCAGGAUCAAUGCUUGUUUCCCUAAUUUGACUCAACUCAGUCUUAUUGGGGUUGGUGGACUUAAAGAGCCUAAGAUUAAUUUCUUACACCUUACCACUUGUCAAUGGUCGGUCUCAAAUGCUCCACUUUCUUUGAUCAUAUGUGCACCUUGCCUUGUUGAUUUUGAUCUCAGAUGCAUCAAACCUAAGUUGGUUGUCCUUGAGGCCCCUUCCUUGUCCAAUUUUAAUCUCUCCCUCGAGAAUACUGAUGAACUCAGGUUGAAAAAUUGUGCUAAUAUACAAUACCUUCAGCUCAGUGUAGAAUGCCUCUCUCUUGGUUUUUUGUUUACUAUGUUUCGUCACUGCAGCACGGUGAAGAGACUUACCUUGGAUUUGGUAGGAAGAAGAAAACAGGUUGAUGCAGCAGUGUUUGGGAUUGAUACUUUGUUGGGUUGUUUUCCGAACAUAACAUGUCUUAGUUUAGGUCCUGGAGCCUGGCAUGUGAUGGAAAAUUCAUUUAGACGGGGAGGUUUGGCAGAUGGGAUUGGUAUGAAGAUGAUAAAACAACUUAUUGCACAUCUAGUGGUCCAUGAAGUGGAGGGUACUCUUGCAUUUAUCUCUUCUGUUUUGGAUAAAAGCACCCAGUUGUGUGAUGUUUCUCUUCUUAUCCAUCGUGAUGUUGAUUCAUAUGUUGCUGGCGGCCUGAUCUCUUCAUGCAGAAGCAAAUUCCCAAGAGUGAGAUGGAGAUGGGGAAUAUGGAAAGAAGGAAUCAAGGAUACUUGGGUCUCUGACGGCACCUAGUUUGGUGACUGCUAUCUUUGUUAUGAAAAGGGGAGUUCUCAUUGAUUUGUUAUAUCAUAGGUUUACGAAUAGACGAGUCAUGUUAGGACACUGUCAGACUUUGAAUAUAUUUUGUUGAAUCAACUCCAAUAAGCAUAAAUGAACGUUAAACGACCCGGAAUGUCGAUAAAAAAAUUAUUUCCGAUGUUAGAAAACCAGAGAAAGUUGAAAGAAACUAGAUGAGGGAUCAGAAAGGAGAGUCUGAAAUAUGGUGGUAUUAGUAUCAGGAGAAGUUUUUCCAAACUGUGUUGGCGAAUUGGAUGCAGUUGGAAGUAGCAUUCUUCUUUGGAUUUGAUCAGCAUUACAAAAUAUCAUGGCUAUAGUUA